AUGCUUACACAUUUUCCAUCUAAAAUAGUACCAAAAGUCCUUUUUGCUACAGAAUAUAGUCAAAUAAUCAAUGAUUAUGGUCCAGCAACAAAGUUAUGGUGUAUGCGUUAUGAAGCUUAUCAUUGUUAUUUUAAAAAAAUUGCACUUAGAUCGAAUAAUUUCAAGAACAUAUCGAAGACGCUGACCACACGGUAUCAAUUAAGACAAAUAUUUAGGUCAUCAAAAAUGAUACAACUGAAAAAUGUUGAUGAAGCUGUUGGAAUACAAAAAGUUCAUAAUAUUCAAUUCAAUAGUAAAAUGAAGCAGGUCUUACUUGAUCAUUUUGGUGUUAUUAAUUUUGCUCAAGAUUUAAUUCAAUGCAAAAAAUAUUCUUAUAAAAAUGUUGAAUACUGUCGAUCUGGUGUUUACAUAAUCGAUCUAACUAAUACCAUCGAAACGCCAAAAUUUAUGCAAGUUAUUAAGAAUGAAGUUGAUGGCGAAACUCGUGCAAUGAUGGAUAGCAUCGAAAAAACAACCACAUUAUUUCCAAAGUUAAAACAACAACUCUUAUUCUUAAAAGAACGAGAAAAACUAUUUAAAGGUCUAAAUGACAGUACUAUUUCAAGUCUUGAUUCAUCAUCAAUUAAUUCAACACAUUCUAGUUCAAUUUAUUCUGGUUUUGAACCAAUAAUUAAUCUUUUCACAAGUGGUUCUAUGAAUGAUCAAGUAUUUGAGAAAUCAAUGAUCAAAGAACAAUCGAACUCUUUUUUUCCUGAUGUAUAUACAGUUCCAACUUUACCAUCAUCUUUACUUCAAGAUAUAGAAUCAGGUGCAUUACAUAAGUUUGGACCACAUCAUACAAGUCGUCAAAUACUUAUUGAUAUAAUAAAACAUGACCUAAUAAAUCGACAUAAUCUUUUCUAUCCAACUCAUAAACAAUUUGAUAAUAUUGGUACAGCUAUUGUUCAAACAUUAAAGAUACCAUUGACAAAAGAUAAUAUAGUAAGUGCAUUUAUGUCAUCCGAAUCCAAUCAAUUAGUUGAUAGAUUGUUGAUCGAUAUAAAUCAAUGAAUUUUGCUUGGUCAUGCACGAAAUUUAUCCUUUUUGAAAUGGUUCUCGUUAAAGAACUAUUUCUAGAAGUCUCUCAAAAUAAGAAAUAGUAAACUUUAUUUUAUACUGAGCCUAUGUAUGAUACCUAAACGAGUGUAAUAAGAAAUACAGCAUGCGUACAAUUUUUUUGUAAUAAAAAGAUAAAACAUACAAUACA